ACUAAUUCUGAAUUGAAAACUCAAGAUGGAUUUGAAGCUGAAAAAUAUCUUGCCAAUGUUUGUGUACUUGUUGUUAGCAUCCACAUCUAAUGCCCAAUCUGGUGUCUAUGAUGUAACAAGUGCAAAUUAUGGUGGAAAAGCAAACUCUGAUAUAACCCAGGCUUUGAGCAAAGCUUGGACAGAUGCAUGUGCAUCGACAUCGGCAAGUAAAAUUGUUGUUCCAAGUGGGACAUACAAGUUUGUAGGGGCAACUUUCAAAGGACCAUGCAAAGCUCCUAUUGAGUUUCAGCUCCAAGGCACGGUGCAGGCUCCGGAACAUAUCAAGGAACUCCCAAAAGAAGAUACUUGGGUAGCUUUUGAGCGCAUUGAUGGGCUCACCUUAUCUGGUGGUGGAAUUUUCGAUGGCCAAGGAACAACUGCUUGGAAGCAAAAUGAUUGCCACAAAAACAAAAAUUGCAAAUCUAAAGCUGUUAAUUUGAGAUUCAAUUUUGUCACCAAUUCCAUAGUUCGAGAAAUAACAACAAAAGACAGCAAAAAUUUCCACGUCAAUCUUUUGGGUUGCAAGAAUUUGGCAUUCCAACAUUUUACAGUAUCAGCGCCUAAAGAAAGUGUCAAUACAGAUGGAAUUCAUAUGGGACGUUCAACUGAGAUCAACAUCACAGAUACAACCAUUGGAACUGGGGAUGACUGCAUCUCUAUAGGUCAUGGCACCAAGCAACUUCAUGUAACCAACGUUACAUGCGGACCAGGCCACGGCAUAAGCAUCGGAAGCCUCGGAAGGACUGAGGAUGAAGAACCUGUGUCCGGAAUCUUUAUCAAGAACUGCACAAUUUCAAAUACCGAUAAUGGUGUAAGGAUCAAAACCUGGCCUGCUUCCCCUGCAAAGGGUACUGCUGUCUCAGAUGUUCACUUUGAGGAUAUUAUCAUGGACAAUGUUAAAAACCCUGUCGUCAUAGACCAAGAGUAUUGCCCACAUAAGUUGUGUACACCUGAGGUUUCAUCCAAAGUUAAGAUCAGCAAUGUUAGCUUCAAGAACAUAAAGGGCUCGUCUUCAGGCCCAGUUGGUGUCAAGCUUUUAUGCAGUGGAAAGCUGCCAUGUGAGAAUGUAGAACUGAGUAACAUUGAUCUCACAUACACUGGAGAUAAAGGCUCUCUUACCUCUGAAUGUAAACAUGUCAAGCCCACCAUUAACAACGUGGCGAAGCCUCUUGCUUGUGCUACAUCUUCUUGAAAACAAGCCAAUUAUUGGUUGUGAACAGGGCCGGUCUUGAGGAGGUGCGAGGAGAAUUUUUGGGGUCCGCACAUUCUAAAAUCCUUCUUAAUAUUCUAUAUAUAAAAAAGUUGGGAAACAAUUUAUAUAUGUUUACCUAGCAUGUUUGUCAAGCGCUGGUACCUUCAUGUGGUACUUUCUUAUAUUUGUUAUUUUUUAUUUUUUAUUUUUCAGCCAUGUUUCUUUAACAUAGGGCAUGUGCAGGGUAACUAUUUUGGGAUUUUUGAGCUACACUAUUUUUUCUAUUUUUAAAUAUUUGUAGUUUAAUUUCUUUCAUUAUACAAGAUAAUUUUGCUAAUAAAUUUGUAGUUAGGAAUAUCAUAAUAAAUUAAAAUUCUUAAAUUUGAUAUAAUCUUUAAAAGCCCCCCAUUUCUUAUAUGAUAUCAUUUAAUAGAAUACACUUCAUAAUUAGAAUCGUUAAUUCUUUUGGUCACCGUUUUAAAGUCAUCUAUUUUUCAAUCCAUUUGAAGACUAUUGAGUCAUCCAUAUCAAAAAGAAAAUUAUAGUACAACCACACCGAUAUUGUUAGAUUAAGUUGGUUUAAUUGUUUA